UAUUGUCCUAUUUUUUACAACAGCAAUUUGAAUGUAUAUUUAUUUAUUACUAUAUUGAUUAAGAAAUAAUUCUUUACGAAACCUUAUAUGUUAUCUUAUAAGUCGUUAAAACGAUGGGAUGCGGCAUUCAUAAUAUAAUACUGCAAAAAAUUAAGAAUUCUGUAGCCUUUAUGGUAAGUUUUAUUUACCUACGUUACUAUACUUAUAGGCAAAGGAAAUGGUUAGUCAGAGGAUUGAAAUAUAUAUAUAUAUGUGUGUGUGUGUGUGUGUGUAUGUGUGGGGUGUGUGUGUGUGUAAUACGAAGAAAAGCUUCUCAAGGAUCGACGAAGAGCGCGUGUGCAAUGCAUUGAAGCUUACAUCAUGAGCAAACGAAUACAACAGUUAGUAUCCUGCGUGUUAACUAGCUACACAGCACAUGUAAAAUCUCUAGUGUAAUGACUAGAGUACGAAAAUUGUUUAUUCAAUAUUUAAAUGUUAAUUACGAUUGAGGAAUGUGAAAAUAUAUAUUUCAGAUAAAAAAUAAUAUAAAUAUUAUAAUAAUUAAACAUAGCUAAGCUUAGUAAACAGGGGAUAUCCAAUAUAUUAAAAAAUUAUGAGAUACAGGUACAUCGUUUUUGUUGGUGCAUCACUAAUUACAACACUCUGCGUGCUUUCUGGACUUAUGUACUAUUUUAAUCAAGACAAGUGUCCUAUCGGGACAUUCCAGUGUCUUAAUAGCACCAUGUGCAUGCCGCAACGUAGCUGGUGCAAUGGCGUAUCGGAUUGUCCGUACAGCGACGAUGAAUCCACAGAAAAUUGUUUUGACAUGCAUGGAAACUGGGAUUGGUUUAUAAAAGAAAGAGACUGGGGAAACUCGAAGAAUUGUGAUAUAUUCGAUGCUUCAGCUAAAUGCACUUACGAUGAGUGUCGCGCGACUUGUAUAAAUUACACCGAUGUACCCAAAAAUUUGUCAUCGAACAUCACAGCAAUUUUCUUAACCGACAACUUGCUUACGCACUUAUCACGCGAUGCGUUAUCGAGAUAUCCGGAGAUACGCUUGUUAUAUCUUGAUAAUAACAAUAUAAUCAAGUUAGAAAAAGGAGUCUUCCUUCAUCAGCCUGAAUUGUUUUGGUUAAUCCUUACAAAUAAUAGCAUCAGCGAAAUACUAUCGGGACACUUAACGGGACUGAAUAAAUUAGAAACUCUACUACUGGAUCAAAAUAAAAUUGCGACGGCAGAUUUUUCUGACCUGGAAGACAGCACUGCUGCUUACUUCAUAAAUCUAAGUAAGAACAUGUUGACGACGUCCGCUUUGAAGCUACCACGAUUGCCGGCGUUGACAGAAAUAAUACUAGACGGAAACUACUUCGAGUCGAUAACGGAAGAUCUAUUCGCCGGAUGCCCCGCAUUGAAAUCACUGAGUAUGGAGGACAAUAGCGUAAGCAGCAUCGACGAGAAUGCGUUUCGGAAUUUGCAACAACUUGUUGAGCUUAACUUGGCAUACAACAGGAUAGUCACGAUACCGUCAAAUGUGUUCCAGCCCGUGAAUAAUCUGUCGAAGCUAUUAAUCGGUUACAAUCCUGUCGUCGAGUUAUCAAUGACGCUUUUUAAUCCAUUGAGUAAUCUUCGCUCUCUAAAUGUUGAGGAUCUGAACAUGGAUAAUAUGGAUAAAAACGCAUUCAAUGUGUUUCCAAGACUCGAUUUUGUAUAUUUCAAGAAAUUUCACUACUGCAUGACUUACGCGCCGAAGGUGAAGAAAUGUAGACCCACUAGCGAUGGUGUGUCAUCGAUGUCACAUUUGUUGGACAAGCCUCUGUUAAGGGCUGCCGUCUGGAGCGUAUCUUGUGUCACUUGUCUGAGUAAUAGCCUUGUUCUGUGGGGGAGAUACACCGCCAGAGAUGAAAAUCAAGUUCUAAGUAUUAUUAUCAAAAAUCUUGCAGUGUCCGACAUGUUGAUGGGAAUAUACCUCCUCGUAAUCGCCAUAGCAGACGCGCGGUUCCGCGAUAACUACAAAGAGGAAGCAAGUACGUGGAUGUCCUCAUGGCCCUGCACACUUCUCGGAGCGUUAGCAAUGACAUCAUCCGAGGUAUCCGUGCUCAUCCUGUCGUUUAUGUCCGUGGAACGAUUUAUUCUGAUCUCAGCACCUUUGAAGUGUCAUCGCGCUAUGACAUCUCAAGCUGCGUCCUCAUCGAUGAUCGUCAUCUGGAUAGUUGGACUCAUCAUCGCUCUCGUGCCAGUCAUCCAUUGGAGAAGCAGCACAAGAUUCUACGGUGUCAAUGGAAUGUGCUUUCCUCUACAUAUAGACGAUCCAUAUCUCUUAGGCUGGGAAUAUUCAGCUUUUAUCUUUCUGGGACUUAAUCUUAUCGGAUUGAUGAUUAUCGGCUACGUUUACGUUGCCAUGUUCACCAGCAUCUGGAGAACACGUCGUGCCACGCCGUUGUCGGUCGGCGAUUCCGAGUUCGCCCUCAGAUUCUUCCUAAUCGUGUUGACAGACGCAGCAUGCUGGGCACCGAUUAUAGCGUUGAAAAUUCUCGCCAUGAUGAAAUACCCCGUGCCACCUGACCUUCACGCUUGGAUAGUGAUUUUUAUUCUGCCGGUCAACAGCGCGGUCAAUCCGCUGUUGUACACAUUUACCACGCCGAAAUUUCGCGAAAGAUUCAACGAGGGUUGGCUUGUUGGAAAAGUGCGCAACUACAUGUCGAGAAAACACUCCAGACAAGAUUCACAGACAUCAUCUACUAUCAAUAAAACCACGAUUACCGAUAGGAACAUAAUACAGCCAAUCUGGAAAGAAUAUAACGAAGAUAGAAAGAGCACACCACCCUUGCUUGAUUGUGAUGACGAAAAUGCUCGAUCUGAGAGGGAUCACCGAUCGAGCGCAGCAACGGGUGUCCGAGAAAAAAUGCUUACCAGCGUGCCCUAGUCCAGGUCAAGAUGGAACCUCUUCUACCAAGAGAAAGAGAGCGAGAUGGCGAGCAAAACUCAAGACUGCAAGAGGAUCGAGCAAGAGGCGGAGAAAGAGAGAGAGGGAGGGAGGGAGAGAGAGAGAGUGAGAGAGAGACGGUAAGCGCGAGCAAGACGAAGAAACAGAAUACGUUCUCUUGGCACUGCGGCAAGGCGGAUGCUGUAGGGACGUGAGAUUCUUGGCAACCGGGCGGAGUUGCCUGCUAACUCCGUACCACCAUAAGGAUCGCGGUCGUUGGAUGUUUAUAUUCGUGAUAGUGCCUCUCUCUGUCCCCAAAUAACCGGCCGAAUGGCGACCAAUUCUCGUGCCGGUACGACAUAUUGGGCGCCUCCGAAUAGCGACUCCAAAUAGCGGGCACCCGCGCGCGCGGCCGCCGCUCGUUGAGAGAAAGAAAUAUGGUCGCGAUGCAGCGACGGUGCGGUUUGUACCUCGCCGGGUAUGAUCGCCGCUGGUACAGCGCUAAUAUCUCCGGGAUGCCCAGGGAGUGACAGAGAAAGAGCCUCGUUCGCUAGAGUGGUAGAGAUUUUACGGCCGUUUCUGUCCGGCUCGCCAUCCGAUGUCGCGGAAAAUGCGGGCUGCGAAGUGAGUAAGUUAGCGUGCCGGUUUCUCCUCCCUCUCUCUUUUUUUUCUCUCCCUCUUGCUCCCAUCUCCUCUCCGUACGAUGCCCGCGAGCAAGAAUUUAUCGCGCGAUCUCCGCAGGGCUAGCCUCCAGUGCCAGCUAUCAUCCCUCCCGCAAUCAUCCCGUAGGGCCAUUCCCAUAAAGAUUCGUUAAAGCUAACUGGGACUUAACCAACCUCCCGCCUCUUUCCAGUUCUAAAAAGACUCGGCGAGUCUCGGUUAAAGUCCUGCUAGUAACCUUUAUUAAUAUUUACGAAACGACGCGUACGAAGGUAUUUGAUUUCUUUACCAUGUGGCGUAUUACGGGCGACUUGCAGAAAGUAGCGCGUAAAACCGGCGGCUAACAAGUCGGUCGGGAAUGCGCCCCUUGCAAUCGCAUAAAAUUGUGUGGAACAUUAACAAAGAGUCCGCUUGAUGAAACGCGUGCACAUAAAAAUUCAUCCGUAGUAAAAGAAUCCAAUAAUCUCAACGCUAACCUUCCUUGAGCUUCUAUCAAAGUUUCUAGUAAAGUGUAACUGUCCCUCUCCAUCGCUUUGCAAUUUCAAAUAAACCUUUCUCGUUGUCCCUCGUAAGACGUGGCGAUUCACGUGGCGGUGAAAAUUAUAUACUUGAGAUUAUAAAAUUAUCCGAGGAAGAUCCACGAGUCCAAACGUAGGUCGGUUCAAUUGUGACCCAAGCAGCCCCGAAUCAACUUUUGUUUUACCUGAAAAUUCAAAGUAAGUAGGAUAAGUAGAUACUACUAGUACUUUUAAACUGCGAAAAUUAUCUCUGGUUGAGGUAGAGAGAGACGAAGGAUCCAAUUAUACUCGCGGUGAAGCGAAUCCUACGGUAUCAAUUUAGCAAUUGAUAGAGGCCGCUGACUCAAGUCAAGGAGAAACGCGUAAUUCGUCUUGUAUCAUGAAACCCGGUUGGGGAGGGAGAGGGGAGAGAGGAGGAGGGAAAAAUGGAUCCGAUCCGCUGUCAGGUGCAACACCUACUUUUAGCAUUACAAUGCUACCCGCAGAAAAUCACAGGGAAUUAUUCAUCCCCGGCAUUCCAGAGCCGGCGUGUGCUGUAUGGCGCGUAAGUGAAAGCGGUGCGUGGCGAUUUCGCGGAGUAACAUUAAUUUCUUGACAAGCUAAUAAUUCCCAGCGGGCCCGUAUGCCGCUGGCGUUCGCCGUUCCAGCCUCCGGCUUGUAUUUUCACUGUAAAAGAUCGGCGGGAAACAACGAGCCUGUUUAUCUCGCGGAAUAGUUGACGCUGCUUUCGGCAGCGCGAUAAAUCCUUCCGUCGCGGUCAGAUACACACGUCACGUGCGCUAUAAAUACUUAAAGGUGCAUUUGCACACAGACGAUCAGUUGAUGGCGCUCAAAGCCCCUUUGUACGCGGGUCCUACGCUGCGAAGUUAUGAUUUUAUUAGCCAAACGCCUCUCUGGCACGUCGCGUGGAAGGUAAAAUAUACCUACCUGUGCCGUUCGAUUGCGCUCGUGAUCUCUUCUGUCUGUCGUCCAUCGUCGAGCACAAUUAUCUCGCAUCGGCGGUAAAGAUAACGGACAAAGGGACGUCGAGCGAUAAACGUACCCCAAAAAAAAAAAGGUUACAGUGCAUACAAAUCUUUAAAAUACCUUAAUAUCGAGAUAAAAUGACGGAACGACGUUUAUCGAAAAUUAAACGCCGAUGAAAACAUCGAUUACCAAGCGAUUAAGCGUCAUUUGAAAAAGUCCGUGUGCUCUAUCCGGCGAUCUCAAGUAAGGCGGGUGAACAUUUGUCAACGGGGAGGAAUUAAAAAAAACCGGGCGGGGACGGAUGCCGCGCAACGAAGCGGAAACGAGGCGCGCGGUUCAGAGAUUUGAGGGAGAGUCAGCAGGUGCGUGUGGGCGAAUAUGUCAAACGUCGAAAAGCGUUAGAGAAUUUCGUCGGCGAGCUUGACGGUGCGUGUCGGGCUGCCUACGAGAGAGAGAUCCGAAAAGCUCGCCGUGAUCCUCCUCUCGGAGAGAUGCGAGAGCCGGAGGAGCGCCGAGCUCGCGCUCGCGUGGAUCCGUUCCAAAGUAAAGCUGACCAGCAUUCAUCACGUUUGGAUUAUUCGCCCGGCAUUUCGUCUCUCGCCUCGUCUCCUUGCUAAAUUUAUGUGCCGGCGAUCAUUACGCCCGCUGCCCGCUCUAUCGGCUAAUUCGUCGGGCUUGCGUGCACCGCCCCGCGGGCAACGCGAAGGACCUUAGCAAUCAGCGCGACGUUGUUGUGGCUGCUGCCGGUGCUGUCAUCAUCAUCAUCAUCAUCAUCAUUUUCAAUCGUUUUUUUCUUUUAUUAUUGUGUAAUUACGUACCGCGUGAUAUUACAGUUACGCCUUCAAUUGUGACUACUUCGACUCGCGAAUUUUCAGAAUUGCGACAGGCAUGCACGGUUGCAGUGAAUUUUUUUUGUCUCGUUGAAAUUUAUCCAUGCGUUUAAGCUUUAAAUAUUAAUUUUGUAAUACCAAGGUAUUAUGUUAAGAGAGAAAAAUAGUUGCGUUUUAUCUUUCUUUGAAAUCUGUAAACACACUUUUAGUAAUACUACUAAAAACUUUAAAAUAUUCUAAGAUUUCAAAGAUUUCUCAUUAAUUUUUGAUAAAUUUUGCAAAAUCUGAAAAAGUUUAAAAUAUUUUCUAAAAAUUAUGAAACGUAAAAUUUUAGAAUAUUUCACAAUUUAUAUGAAACAUUAAAAAAAAGAUUUUGCAGUUUCUGAAAGUGUUCCAAUUUGUAUAAGAAUUCUGAGAAAAAAUUUCACUCGGGCUGCACUAAACUUAUUUCACAUAUUCUCGAUCUAUUAUAUAUUUUUAUAAUUGUGCGUAUAUAUUUUGCACGUAAUGUCUUUCAUCUUACGGUUGAUGGGAAUGCAUAAGUAGCCAAUAAAUAGUCAGUCCGUAACGUAAACCCGUAGAAAUCCAAUGAGUAAUAUUUUUCACUGUGCUACCACAUAUGUUAACCGCUAUUAAAAUGUAUCUAUAACGGUUCGAUAUCGGGAGAAUCAAGAAUCCGUUCUUCCGGGUAUGAAAUGAAUUCCGAUCGAUGGGCUGUAGAAAAUAGAUCAUCGCGAACGAACGACGUUGGAUACUAUAGACAACCUUAGUGUAGGAACCCGGACGUUGCGGUGCGUCUUCAGUUACCAUGGUCAACCUCGAAUGUUGGUUUAUUCAUCUCUUUUAUCGCAUAUUAUGUCUUCACGUACAAGAGGUAGAUUAAUUGACGCCCUACUUUAAUAUAAUUUAAUAAAUUUAACAUUUAAAUUAUGGUUUAAAGUAAUGACUAAGCGGCUAAGUAAAAAGUUAAACGAUAAUUAAUUACAUUAUUUAUUUUGCUUCCGACCUCUAAGGAAUGCUGUAAUAAUAUAUCGUUGUAACGAUAACUUAAUGAGCAAAUCAAGCCAAACGUUCGAUAAUCGUAUCACGCGACUAAAACUUGAUUCUGCUCUCUUGCACGUAAUAUCGAGCGGUCGUAAGGUAAAUAUCACGUGCGAAAAACGUUUUACUUGCCACCUUUAUGUAAUCAUCAUCGUGCAGACGAUUAUGGCACGCGUCUAACUGCUCGGUUAAAUCGAAAUGCCGUAUGUUUAGCCGAAUCGAUCAAAGUUAUACGGCGGGCUUGAAAGAAAAAAAUUAUGCAGCGUUACGUUCUUAUGUAACUAUGAAAAGUUUACAUAACGGCCGCCACAAGUCGGCGACACGUCACGAUACCGCGACAGGAAAUUAGUUUUAGUUCGUACUGCCUCCUCGUGAGAUAAUCUCCGCGCGGCUCCGACACUCGAUUUUCAACUCUUACGUCAACAUCUGGUGUUAUCUUACCGAUACAGAGACCGCAUUUUGCACUUUACGCAUUGAUAAGCAUACACGGAACAACAGAUCAGAUAAGGAUCUUGUAAAGAUUCCAGUUUACACGUCACAUAUUUAAACACGAUCAUCACGAGAUUAUCAGUAUCAUUUAUUUCACAUAAAAAUCACUUAUCUAUUACCUUUCCAUUAAGAGAAUCAGAUGUAAUGUGAUUUAACGCUAAAUGUAAGAACACAGCGAAACGUUGUAAAACAUUUACUAUUUUCAAUUUAUUGAGUUUACUUUUAUAUGUAAUCUUUUCUCCUUCCGCAAAAUUGCUGAAAAUCACGCGAGAAGACGUCAAUUGACAUAACUUGAUCGCUCGAUAAGCGCGGUAGAAAGAUCGUGCAACGACAAAAUUGCCGAUAUGUCGGCGCCGUGGAAUGUUAAUAAGCCCGUGAGUAGCCUUCUCGGCAAUACAAUGUCCUCGACCACACAUUCCGGAUGUAUCGUAAGUCGCCGUUACUAACCACGAAACACGUGCGGGUGUAGCUUUCAGCAAACGACCCGAGUAAAUAGCGGGUGAUUGUCGGUACAGAAUAUACACGGUGUACAUCAAAAGCCGUCUACCUUCUUCUUUGUUACCUGUAUACAUUGUUGCAAAUUCCUUAAGAAAUUUAUCAUCACCCGUGAAGAGAAAAUUCGACCACACAAAUGCCAUCUUUUCAACAUCUUUUAAUAUUUCCUCAAUAUAAAAUAAUAUGUUAAUGCUUUUCAAAAUAAAAUCCGAACACGAUCUAUUCUAAAUUAAAUAAGAAAUAAAAUCUUGUUGCUUUUUUAUCCUUGAAUCUUAAUUUUUGAAAGACACAUUACAUGUAACGUAUUAAAAUAAAAUAAUGCCCCUAAUAUCGGAAUGAAAAUAUUCUUAUAUCAAUUUGAUUUGCGUGUCUGUAGUUAAAAGCACAUAAUUUUUAUAAUGCACUUAAUAUAACGGCAAAUUCCUAGCGAGACAGCAGCUCGGUAGAAGAAAAGACAUUCAGUCUCCAUAAAAGUUCUGCGUGUUUUUUCUUUAUGUAUUUAUGAAUUAUAUCAAUUUUCCCCGAGUUUUUCAAUCAACAUAAGAAUUAAAACAAUUUUAUAUUGUAUAAAAUUAUAUUGUAUGUGUAUAAUAUACUGCUAAGUAUAAAUCUCGUGAGUUUGAUUUUUAAUAUAAAAAGGAAAACAAACGAAACAAAAAAAAGGCGAAGCUAAAAGCUGUAGAAUCUGCGUUUUAAAAUACUCAUCUCACUGGAUGGAAUAAAAACAAGUGCAAAUAAGCUAUGAUAGGAACAGCGUACCCCGCAAAGUAAACGUCUGGUAAGAAUGCCAUUCUUUUCAAACGUUCUUCAGAACGUGCCUUUAAACGUCAUCUUUUUGUUAUGCUUGGGUUACGAGUGUUUUCUGAUAACUCUUGUAAAUAGCAGGUAAUUCAGAUGUCAAAAUAUUAUUUAACAUUUCACCAAAGCGUUAAAUAUCAAAGCGGCGCAUAGUUUAUCGAUUUCUUUUGGCAUUUAAGAUGAUGGCGAUGGAAUAUUAAUAAGUAAGAGUCCUACUUAACAUUACGAGAUGAAUUUCAACCACCCGCUAAACCGUCCUUGUUUCGUUUCAAAUGUCCGGUAAAGAACGAUGUUUUUAGUCGCCUUGCCAGGCGAAUGACUUCAAAGUCGCAGAAUUGAGAGUAUAAAUCCGCACGCAUAAUUCUGCAGCAGGAGGUUAGUCUCAACAUCGUCGCCGAUUUGUAUACUCAUGUUUCUCUAAUAUUAGAAAAUGUCCCCGUAUAUAUCACAAAAAUAAUUUCACUAAUCUUUAAUCCUAAAAUUUAUAUAUAAUUUCACUAUUGACAUGUAAGUGUUUGUAUAAACCAAAUUUAUGAUUAAGAUUUUGGAAUUAUUAUUGUAAUUGUGAUUAAAUUAAACAUGUAAGAUUAUAAAGUUUCAAUAUGUGGUAAAUAUAAUGAUAAAAGAUAUUGUAAUAUAAAGAAUAUUUGAGAUUACAGAUAAUCUCUCUUUGGAAUUAUGGUUAUAAAACACAGAAUUAAAGAAAAUGUUUUC